AUGGCUGUAAGCACAGUCCCAGACGAAGAAGACUCACGAGGCCGGUCUGCUAGCCGCUGGUGGGAGGGAAGUGCGAAUGGCUCUCAAGGUCGCGGCAAGAAGAUUGAACGGUCGAAGCGGGAAUCCAAGUACAUGGGAGUUCAACUUACCGAGGCGCAAGAAUACAUGCAGUGGGAGAGUGACAACUACUCCGGAGGUGGUACUCCUGGGCCUAGCGACACGACUCCUGUCGGGGUUUACGGUCCAAAUGAGUACCCUCCUGAGAAGGUCGGCUGGCAUGAACAGGACUUGGGGGGGCAAAUCCCUCCCCCUCCCCCGCUUGGGUACUGGACUCAUUCUGCGCCCGCCACACCGGAUCCGUUCAAGCUGGACGUUUCCAGACUUGUGACCUUGCCACCACCCUAUCCGCGACACCACCCAGCCGUGAACAAUAGCCACCCCGAACUUGGGUCUAUCAGAGCAAAUCUGCGUGCGCUACAAGACCCCGAAGACGCGAACGCCAUCAAAGAGAACUACCGAACUCGUAGUGAUUCGCUGAGGGAAAGGGGCACGAAUGGGGAGAGGAGCCGUCGCGCCGAGCUAAGGGCCGAAAUACAAGACAAGAUUGUCAAGGGCGAGAUGUCUUUCGGAGAGGCAGCCAAGGCUGAGGCCGAGUUCGACACCACCGAAGCUCAGAUUACGCAGAGACGGAUUCAGCAAGACUUUGACAUGUUCCAAAAGGAUGUUAUGACUCCUUUGCAUGCCCUCCUCUCAGAGCGUAUCCGGAAAGCUACAGCUUCAAUCGAGCAAUUGAAGAUUGGCUUGCUAAAUGAGGCCCAGGCGACGAGUCCGAACCAAACACAAGAAGAGGGAGAUGAGCAGCCUGAGCUUCUUGAAAAACUCACCCUCCUCAAGUGGCUGUUCGAAGGCCGUGAGCAGUUGUACAAAGAGCUUUUCGAGCUUGAGGCUCAGCGGAACAAUCUCUACAAGACACUCGUCGUCACACCAUAUGCUGCCGCCAAGAACAACGAUAAGGUCCGCGAGGCCGAAGAUUUCUUUGCCAAAGACGCUCAUGAGCGUAAGGUUGCACAUGAAAAACAGUCGUUGAAACGCUUUGAGGAUUUCCACGCGACUGUGGAAGAAAGCGUCACUCGCGGGGUUGAGGAUCAGCUCUCGGCGUUUUGGGACAUUGGGCCAGGCCUUUUGGACAUCGUCCAGAAGAUUCCCGAGACGCUGACAGACGAUUUCGAAAUUUUGAUUCCGCCGAUGGAGUUCGAAGAGAACCCGAGCUACCACGACCACCCGCUGCAGUACCUCUUCAGCCUGCUCUCCCACGCGCAAAAAUCUGCUUACCAGUUCAUCGAAAGCCAGACAAACCUGCUGUGUCUACUUCACGAGGUCAAGACUGGCGUCAUGACAGCGAACACGAAGCUCCUCGGCACGCAACGAGUGUUGGAGGGUGAGGAAAGGCAGGCUGUGGACGAGGAGAUGAGCAUGAUCAGUCGCGACGAAGAGCAAAGGCUGACGGAGGACCUCAAGGAGAAGGUCAACUUGGUGGAGGAGCAGUGGAGGGAGGCCCUGGGGAAAGGCAUAGAAGACUGCAUGAACCGGGUGCAGGUGUUCCUGUUGGAGAGGGGUGGCUGGGACGAAAGUUUGCAAGAUUAG